CACCCCACCACCACCACCUUGAGAUGACCGAUCUGGAAACACUUCCUUGGACACACUCCUCGCACUCCUUCAAGCAGAAGGUGCCAAAAUCGAGGAAGAAACUGAGAACAUGGCUGAUUCGCUCCUUGAUGGCGUGACCCCCCUCGACACCUUCAUCGAUGAGUAUCAGAGUAAGAGGAAGCUGGCUCACAUGCGGAGAGUCAAGAUAGAGAAGCUUGAGGAAAUGGUGCUGAAGGGACACCACAUGGCUCCAGCUGCACCUCAGCCCUCUUGUACUCAGGACCUUCCCUCCAGGCCAGCCGCUCUCCAUAGAGAGGUCAAUGGUUCUCCCAUGCAGAUGCCCCGGCGGGCUCCUCCUCUUCCACCUGUUAAAGUCACCCAAACUCCUCCUGCUCUGCCCACCGCAGCCGUCUCCUACCCUCCUACAUCUCCAUUCGCUGCGGCCUCUCCAUUCACUCCCACUACUCCAUACCCCCCUAUUCCCCCUAGAGUGGGAAACAUGCCACCCACUCUUAACCAGGGAUACCCCAGCAUGUACAUGCAGCAAUACGCCCCACCUUUGCCCCAGAGACCCCCCCCACGCAUGGCACCCCAGCCAGGCUUCAUUAUGCAGUGAU